AUCACUUCCUCUUUCCUACACGUCUGACAUUAUGUUCCGCCAACCCAUUGCAUUUAUGUUCACUGUUCUUCCUUUAGCUGAAAGAACGCAUCUCUCAAGAUGUUGGGUGACAUCAUCAGUCAGAUCACAGAUGAACUCAGCACAGAUGAAUGUAAGCGUCUGUUUUAUCUGUGUGGAGCUCUGCAUACGGACACCUGCUCCACUGAUCUCAGAACAGUCUUACAUUCUGUGCUCUGCCGAAUGACACACACUGACCACGUGUUUCUCACGGAGCUCAUGCUGAGAAUCAAACGCUACGACCUGCUGCGAGACGUGUUGAGCACUAGUAAGGGCACUGUUGAGGGGAUGCUGGAGAACAGUGGAGUCGUGUCAGAGUACAGAGUUCUGAUGGCUGAUGUAAGUGAAGACAUGGACACGCAUGACCUGAAGUCAUUGACAUUCCUCCUGAGAGACACUUUACCCAAACACAAACUGCAAAACAUCCAGAGUUUUUUAGACAUCGUUAUGGAGUUGGAGAAAGUUGAGCAGCUCUCCAGUGACAGGACGGACAGAAUUGAACAUUUAAUGAGAUCCAUUCACAGAGCUGAUCUGGCCAAAAAAAUCCGACAUUACCAGCAGAAAGUGUUAAACAAGAAACGAGAAACUUCAUCAGCAGUCAAACAGCAACUCAACACACCAGCAUCAGUAAACCGCUCAUUGGAAGUCUCUUCAUCAGUGUCCUGCAACAGAACACGUCAAGUUCACAAACUCUGUGAUAAGAGGACCGCUGUACGGAAAGAAACACCUGGUGUGUGUAGUCAGAUUGAAGUGUACAGUAUGCAGACAGAUCCUAGAGGAGUGUGCUUAAUCAUCGACUGCAUCGGCACAGAAACAGAUGCGCUGGAGAAAACAUUCACACGCUUGCAUUUCCACGUGAAGAAACACAAUCUGUUGAGCGCGGGAGACGUUGUGUCUGUUCUGAUGGACGUCGCCCGUCAGCGAGAUCUCAACAGCUCAUGUGCCUUCAUCUGCUGUAUGAUCAGCCGCAGCCGUCGCUCAUCACAUCUGCUGGACACUGACCGUCACGGGCCUGGACUCAACCUGGACACCAUCAGACACCUGUUCACCGCAGACUCCUGCCCCGGCCUGGCCGGCAAACCCAAACUCUUCUUCAUCCAGACAUAUGACGUCUCUGAGCCUCAGAGGUGUGUUGGGUUCAGAGGUCAAGAAGACGGAGAGCUGGAAACGGACGGUCCUGCGAUGUUCUGCCGAGGGAGGAGCGUCCCGACGGAUGCAGACAUCUUCUGGAGUCACUGCUGCAGUCAAGAGAAGCAGCAGAAGACACCAGAACAUCAGUCUGUGUACCUGAACGCUCUCACAUCUGCUUUACAUGACGGACACAUCAGGAGGACUCAUCUGCUGGAUGUGCACACAGCCGUGAAUCGUGAAGUAUUUCAACACAACAGCAAAUUUCCAGGAUCUUCUGUCUUAAAUCUAAAACACACUCUCAGAAAAAAUAUCUAUUUAUGAUUCCUGAUGUUUAUGAGGGAGGUUAAGUAAAAGUAAAGAUGUGUUUUUAUCAGUAACAUUUCAAAUGCUUCAACAAUAUCACAAUGAUGUUCGGAUUGAUUGUAUCAAUUAUCACUUGCAUUUUAUUGUAAUUUUAUAAGAAAUGUUUCAUAGUCUGAAACCUAUAUGAGGUAACAUGAUCAUAUCAUGUGUUCAUCAUGUGCUCACAAUGAGCGACUGAUCGUCAUGUGACCAGAAAUGAACAGUGUUUCUGUAAGCGUGACAUGUUUAGACGGCUGAAAUCUAAACCGUCUUGAAAUGGCAUUCCAUGUUUCUGUGGAGAUCUUUUCCAAGUGUAAAUUAAAUAAAGAAAACAUUAUAUUAAA